CUUGUAAGUGCUGUUUGAGAAUCGCCACGAGAACGUUUUUUGACAAGGAUGUCGCGUAAGGAAUAUCAAAUCACGAUAAUAUUUGACAGUUUGGUGGUGUAAAGAAAAGAGUAGAAUGCAACUGCAGCGGUUGUUGAUAAUUCUAGGAGUUCUUUUGGUAUUGUCCUUGCUGGCGUGUUGUCAGUCUACCGGGAAAAUUAUUUUUCAGGUCAGCACUACCGAACAUGAAGCAGAUAAGCAAGAGAAUCUUAAAGAAAUUACAUCACAGAGAGGAUUUAAUCCUGUUCAACAUGUAGAAGAUUUAUUCAAUUAUAUUGGUUUUGGAACUGGACGAAAUGUUGAUCCGUAUUUGGCAAAGGUCAAUGAACGUUGCUUAACUGGUGAUUUAGCUGAAUGUUUCAAGUCACAAGCGUUAAAAUAUUUUUCGGAUUUUUUCGAUCAUGCUGAAUAUUCCUUAAAUGAUAACGUCCAAAUUAAGCGAAUGUCUGAUCAAGUUGUAAGAGAAGUACAUCGUCAACCGUAUGAAUAUUCUAACGAACCUAGAUCUGAUGAAACAGAAUGGGAUCAAAUGAUCAAUUUUAUGAAAAGAAAGUUGGAAAAGUUUGUUAAAACAAUGUCUUUCGAAUUGACUAUUCCUGAAGAGGAGACUGAUCUCAAUGAUGUAUAUAAACCAAGAUUUUUAAAUGAAAUCGCUGAUGAAAUUGAUACACUUGAGGAUAAGAAGGAUACACUAUUCUCUCGUCAUCGACUCAGAAAAUUUCUUAUACCCUUCUUACUUGUCGUAAAGCUUUUCAAAAUGAAACUUCUAUUAUUACUACCUUUGAUUUUGGGUUUGGCUUCAUUCAAGAAGUUCCUUGGAUUUUUGGCGAUCGUCAUACCUGGUCUAAUAGGUUUCUUUAAACUUUAUAAACCGUAUCCAAGUUAUUAUCCCCCAGUAUACACUAAAAACGGAGUUGCUCAACCUCAUUAUGAAUCACAUCCGAAUUUUGAUUAUCAUGGAGAUCAUUAUGGAAAUAUAGAUUCCUAUGGUCAUGAUUUGGCAUACCGAGGAUAUCAGCAUUAUAAAUCCUAAUCUUUAUUGAUUUAUUUAUUAUAUUAUUUCUAAAAAAGAAACAGAUUAUAAUCAAAUAGUUAAAAAUAAACUUUUAAUUAUGAAGAUUAUUUAUAUACAAAAUAUUUAUUUUGAUUAAAAAAUGUAUAAAAUUUAAAUUAUUAUAAAGCAUAUUAUUAUAAAGCAUAUUUUUUAUUUAGUUCAUAUUCAACUAAGUUUUGCAUAUGUAAAACAAUAACUUAAAUAUCUUGUAUAUAUAAUUGAAGCGUGAAUGUGUAAGAGAGAUCAUGUAUUUUUUUUUCAAUAAAAAUACUGAAAUAUA